AUCAAAUACUCUUUUAGAUGACUGUCAUAGGUAAAAUUGUAGCAACUGAAAAUUAGUACUAGUAAGUAGUAUUAUUUUCUGUAGCCACCUCUCGGGUAGUGUAUAAAUUCAAGAAAUCCUCUUUCCCUUAACUUAUAUUUUUUGUUGAUCGCCAUAGAAAUCAGUCCUGGCUUUUCUUAUCUGAGAUAAUUGCCAGAUACUUUUCUUGCAAUACCUCAAUUUUCAGCUUAAGCCUAUGCAUGAAAAGUGAAAAUCCAAUCCUAUAUAUCGCAGGUUGCAGGAAAAGAACAGUUGCUUCCAUAAUGCCGACCGCAUGGUGCAAUCAUUUUAGGCUUGGAAACCUCGCUCAUUCCUCAACUGUUCUCUACAAAACUCCAAAAUAAUAUUGUUAUAUAUGAUUACAACCUCAAUUGUUGGUGUUUGUGUAGUUGUUCUGUGCAGCCUACAUUUGGAUACAUGCCAUCAUGGUUCGAUAAAAUAAAGAAACAUUUGGAAUUGUUACUCAACACAACAAAUUCAAAGCUAAGUAAUUCACAAUUCCUCCCAACCGAAAAUGGUGGUUGUCUUUAAGAUAUAUUCAUCUUUUGUUUGAUCAAAUUGAUAUCACGAAUCCUAUUUUUUUGUUUCCAGUUGUAUCCAAAAGUUUUCUGUUUUUAUGCUCGAAGCAGAUUACUUGGUUCCAUAAUUUUUACUAUGAGUGAGUUCUCAAUUUUAAUGUUUUUUGGUGAAAUAUCAGUUAGAGUUAAUCUGGUAGGAGUGUGUUUCUGAUAAGUCAUAUGAUUUUGUCGACUAGUUUUCAAAACUUUUGAAAAUAAAUGUGAAUGCUUAUGAGAUCAUGGAAGAAAUAUGAGGAGUAUGUUUGGUGUGAACUAUAUAUGCUCUGUUUUCAUAUUGGAUUUAAUAAUAUUGAAAAUUAUGUUGACAGGCUGUAAAGAUUAAUCUGUGUCAUUAGGCUGUUAGUUAACUACACAUUUGAAAUCCAAUACUAUAAUUUUGAAUUCGGUGGAGUAUAUAUCAUACUCAUAUGUUUAUUAUGCUACAGUGGGGAAUAAGACUAAUGUCUAUUUUAUUCUUUGAUUUUAAGCUAAGCUAAGCUAAGCAAAGCAUUCAUUUUUUUGUUCUUCUAUUUAUUCUGCAAUUAAUCACACCACAUUAUAUACAAGUCCAGUUCGAAUCUGAUUGAGGUUUCUACUACUACUGCUAGCAUUUUAAAAAUUGUAGAUAUUUUAUUCGCUUACUCACAUCGUAGUUCGUUUGUUACUAACUUUUGUGUUCCAGUAUAUUUUUCAAUCUUGGUAAUAUUGCAAUAUAAUAUUCCACGUAUAUGACUUUUGGUAAACAUCCAAUUUCUUAUGUACCAAACACAACGUUAGUUCUGCUAUGACUUAUUAGUCUUCUUUAUCAACAUCCAAUAAGACUUAAAAAUUAAUCUCUAGCUCUCCCUCUGCGGACGAAAAGAACAGUGAAGAGUUUCUUAAGAUUCAACGUGGUAAGUCUAUCUUGCUAUAAUUCAUCAAUUAUGCUGCUUUUCUUCUCUUCCCCACUUCUGUUUUACUACAUUUUUAAGGAUGCUCUCUUCCAAGCAGUGACAUCCCAACACUUGAUUCAUAUGCCUUAAAACAGUUCUUUCACGUCCUAUCAUGGUACUGAGAUUCUUUCCAUUCUAGGAUCUUUUUUGCCAAAUAAAAUUGAUACUCCCUCCGUCCAGCAAUUAGAGUCUCAUUUCUCCAUGGCACGGGUUUUAAGAAAGUUGUUGAAGUGUGUAAUAAAUUGUGUGUGAUAGUGGAAUUUGGGACCCACCUCAAGUGUGUUAAAUUUUUGUCUUCCUUGCACAAUUCAAUUCAAUUCAAUUUCUGCCCAAAAAUCGAAAUUUGCUGCCAAUCAAAUAUGCUUCCAACAAUUCAAGGCAAUUCAAUUGCAUUUUUGUUUCAAUUGCAUUAAUAACAAUGACAUUUCAAUUCACUACUGGAGUUUCAAUUUGCUGCCACAAACAUAAUUUAAAACUGAAUUUAAAAUUUACACUCAACAUAAUCAAAAUCCCUUCAAAUUUCAACUCAUCAAAUUGAACCCAGAACUUUCGAAAAUGACUCAUCAAUUUUAUCUGUAAAUUGAACCCAUAACUUCUUCAAUUUCAACUCCAAAACCAACAAACCAAACAAAAAAAUCCAAAAGUGGAACCAAAAAAAUCGAAUCUGUAAAUCCCAGCGAGAGUUGAGAGAGAGAAGCGGAGGUCCUCGUAGGCGCCGGACACGUCGCCGCUGAUGUCGUCGGUGGCGGCGGUGAAACGGAUCAACAGCGGCGUGUCCUCGAUCUGGACGUCGGCGUCGGAGUGGAAGGGGAGCUCUAACACAUUGGGGUGGGUGUAAUUGAGAGAGUGGCGAGAAAAAUUGGGGUUGGGGUGAGUGUAAUUGAGAGAGCGGCGACGGCGAUUGGGAGAGGAGGGCGGCGAUUGGGAAGGAGGAGGGCGGUGACCGAGAGUGAGGGUGAGAAAGUGAAAUUAAAUUUGGGUGGGAGGUGUUUUUUUAUGGCAAUUGUGUAAAUUAGUGAGAAGGGGGAGAGUAAUUAAAUUGUACAAAUAUGGUAAGUAGAACCGGGACUCUUAUUCCCGGACGUCCCAAAAUGAAAAAACGGGACUCCUAUUGCUGGACGGAUGGAGUAUUUUCUAGGCAGUUUAAUUAGGAUAUUCAGCAUAAUAUAUUCUCUUGUCCUUCAUCAUUUUGUUACCAACCUAGGAAUAUUAGUAAUAAAUAAAAUGCCAGUUUGAAAUAUCUAUCUCAAACUGCUAGAAUAAGUAUGAUACACGUUUUAAUAUCAAUGCUAAAAUGGAGACUGCUAAUUUAUGUGGGUUAUAUAUUAUGAUGCUGCCCUAAAAAUUAUGAUGUGUUACUGACUAGUGUAACGCCUGGAGUAGGAAGUAAGGAAUAGGAUUUGUUUGAUAUUUGUGGUUGUUGGUAGUGGAUGUUGUUUCUUUGGUUUCCCUUUGAAGGGAUAGGAUAGUCUGGUUUAUUUCUUUCGUUGUUGCGAUGAUGAUGAUCAGGGAUUAGAGGUUGGGAUUUGUCUCAUUGCAAGUCUCUCUUAUGAUGAAAUUUUUUGUCUGUCCAGUGUUGUGGGCUCAGGUGGCCCUCUGAGUGAUUGUUGCUUUCUAUAUCAUUGUCUUUGGCCAUCCGUCUCUAAAUGCAGACCACUACCUCAAGAGGUCUCGCGCGGAAGCUCAAAACUGCAGGAUCAGAUUCUGCUUCCUCUCCGAAUCCGAUUACCAAACCACCUAAUGAUCCAACUUCUAAAGCCAUUGAUCGCAGGUUACCACCGCCUGAGAAAAAGAGGCCGGGAAAACCUGAUGCUCAGGACCUGUAAAGGACCAAGGAGCAGCUGAGCUCAUGCGAGUCAUGGAAGCGAAGAAGCAGCUCAAGGCAAUGGCAGCCGAGCACGGUGGAGAUCCAAAACGCCUAUCAGCUGGUGGAGCUAACGAGAUCAGAAUCGUCAGAGAAAGAAACUGAACUUAAGAGAAUCAAGAGCUCAAGUCGAGGAAUUGAGGAUCAAACUAGCUGAAAUGGAAAAUGCAAUGCGAAUCUCCUCAAAAUUGGGAAGAGACAAUGCUGAGAGAGAGGCCAAGCUCGAACUGGAAGUGCUGAAGACCAGUUUACAGACCACAGCAGAGGAAAACGAGAAGCUGAGGCGCGAAAUGUUGAAGACCGAGACAGAGCGAAGCAAAGCACUGGAACUAGCCGAGUCUGCGAGAGCUGCAGAGCAUGAAGCGUUGCUGAGGGUGGAUAAGAGCUGCAAGAAAGUGGCACGUGUCACUGAGCAGCUUGAUGCAGCUCAGGCGUCCAACGCGGAGCUGGAGGCCGAGCUGCGGAGGUUGAAGGUGCAGUGCCAUCAGUGGAGGAAAGCAGCUGAAGCUGCUGCUGCAAUGCUGUCUACGAAUAAGUAUGGGGAGAGACGAGGGUCCUGGGACUACCAUACCAUCACUAGUAGGCUGAGCUCUCCGCAAUCUGAUGAUGAAGAUGAUGAUUCGCCCAAGAAGAAGAAUCCGAAUAUGCUCAAGAAGAUAGGGUUGCUGCUCAAGAAAGGGCACAAGUAGAUGUUGAGAAAGGAAAAGAUACCAAAGAAUAAAGGCAAUUAUGGACCACAAUUAUGCUCCAAAAAUAGAAUAGGGAAAUUGAUAAUUGAUUGAUACUGAAUUGAUCUUGUACCUUAAUUACAUAUGUAUCAUCCCUAUAUAAAGAGGGAGUCUCUGCAGUAAUAUAAUCAUCAUAAAAUUAUCAAUUACAAUACCUCUUCAUU